AGGCUGGUGCAGCUAGUGCAGAAGUUGCAGCAACUUCACACAGGAGAGAUCAGAAUCAAAUGAGAAAAAUCGUUCUAAUUUCUUUUAAAUGAGCUUAAUAUUAAUGUAAUUUGACAUACCAAAGAAUGUCUGUGAAAAACUUAUAGCUAAGCCAAUUGUUAUACGUUUCUUUCCGUAUUCGCGGAUUCAACAGAGUCGAUUCAUCAAUUUGAUGUAACCAAUAAAAGUGGUUUAAUGCUAAGCAUCAAGGAUGAGUUUGCUAAGAAUAAGCUUUCUAGGCUUCGUUAUGUUUAUUCUAAUCUUAGGUAGUGUCAUGAGCAGCGAAGAGACUGCGAAAGAACUUGCAGAGCAAACAAGCGUACCUGAGGAUCCUGCUGUUUUCACUCAAGAGGAAGAUAAGGAGGAGAUUCACACUGACGAACAGAGCGAAUCCACGAAAGUAAAUAACAAUGUGGCGGCAAAUGUCACCGAUGUUGUUUCGACUAAUAUUACCAAAGUUAAUUGCUCGUCGGAGAAGAUCUAUGGGCCUGUUGAGAUUGUCAAUGCGACAAGACUCAUGGAGCUGUUGAUCCUAGAUCCUGGCCCGUCAAAUCGCUCCAGAAAUGACAAAGAUGGCAAACAGUUACCAGGCAUAUGCGUUUUAGUGUUAUUCUAUGCUAGAUGGUGCGUAUUCAGCAGCCAGGCUGCGCCACAUUUUAACGCCAUACCUCGCUCGUUUCCACAUAUCAAAGCUGUGGCCAUUGAUGCUAUAAAACAUCAGAGUUUCAAUGCUCAGUAUGGUAUAGUCGGGGUGCCGACGUUGAUGUUGGUUCACAACGGCAAGCCCGUCGCCAAGUUUAACGAUACGGUUUACACGCUGGAGUCGUUCGCCAAGUUCGUGUCCCAUCUGACAAACCUGCAGCCGAACGGCUCGGUGUACGUCACGUCGGCGGAUUUCACUGGUCCAGUCUCGAGCACGCCCUCCAACGAGAUGGACCACUGCCUGGUGAUGUCGUGGGUCUUCAUAAUUGCCUGCGUGCUGUAUUUCACGUCGCGCAGUAGGUGGUGGCAGCAGUUCGUCGAGCUCAUUCAGAACACUUGGCGCGAGAGUAAUGCGGAGCACGAACACGUCGAUUAGGAAGAGCACAAAUUUAUGAUUUAUUUUUUUAAUGAUCAAUUAUAUGUCAAAUUAUUUAUUCAUCAGGGUUUUGUAAACAUGUACAUAAAAGGAGAAAAAUAAACGUGUAAAUAUUUAAUAAGGAAAA